AUUUCUCAACUUGUUUGAAACACACAAAACCAUUCUGCCAUUUGACAAACCAAACCUCACGAUGAGUCAGAAGUCAUAUAGACUUAAAAAAAGACUUUUAGCUUCUUCUUUUUCUUUGGUCAAAAGACUUUUGCUUCUUUAAAUAUCAGAGACUCUUUCAUAUUUUUUUUCUCAUAUGAUCUCCUCUCUCUCUAUUUCCUCUUAAGCUUUUCCCAUGGUUUCCUUCUUUUUCACCCUCUCUUCCUUCUUCUUUUUCUUCCCUCUCUCCAUCCAUGUCUCUUCCGCCGUUGAUACCAUCUCCGCCAACUUCACUCUCUCCUGCGACCAGACACUCGUAUCCUCCGGCGGAACUUUCGAAAUGGGCUUCUUCGCACCGGGUACUACUUCUUCAAACUUCUACAUAGGCAUGUGGUACCACCAACUCUCUCAACAAACAGUCGUAUGGGUUGCUAACCGAGACAAACCAGUCUCCGACAAGAACACUUCAGUCCUCAAAAUCUCCAACGGAAACCUAGUCCUCCUCGAAGGCGAGACUCUCCUCUGGUCCACCGGUCUCACCUCUUCCUCCUCUCCUCUCAAAGCGGUUCUACUCGACGACGGCAACCUCGUUCUCACAGACGAGUACUCCAACUCCGCUCUAUGGCAAAGCUUCGAUCACCCUGGCGACACGUGGCUUCCGGGAGUCAAGAUCCGGUUCGACAAACGAACCAAGAAGAGCCAGCGACUCACGUCGUGGAAAAACGUCGAAGACCCAUCGCCAGGUCUGUUCUCUCUGGAGCUAGACGAGUCCACAGCCUACAAAAUCCUCUGGAACGGGACGACUCAGUACUGGACGAGCGGCGCGUGGAACGGUCAGAGCAAGAUCUUCGACCUGGUCCCGGAGAUGAGACGCAACUACAUCUACAACUUCAGCUUCUUCUCCGACGCGACGGAGUCAUACUUCACUUACACCGUCUACAACCACGCAAACGUCUCGCGGUUGACUUUGGACCUGUCGGGACAGAUCAAGCAGUUGAGCUGGCUAGACAACGUCAAGCUGUGGAACCUGUUCUGGUCUCAGCCUCGGCAGCAAUGCAAAGUCUACGCUUACUGUGGCUCCUUUGGGAUUUGCAACGACGAGUCUCAGCCUUUCUGCCGAUGCCCUCAUGGGCUUAGGCCCAAGUCGCAGAGAGAUUGGGACUUGCAGGAUUACUCUGCAGGGUGCGUGAGAAAGACUGAGCUACAAUGCUCUCGUGGUGAUGACGUUAUCCAGUUUCUGCCUCUUCCCAACGUGAAAUUACCCGACAAGUCAGAGGAGGUAUCGGGGACAAAGAAUCUCACUGUUUGCCGGUCGGAUUGUUUAAGGAACUGUUCCUGUGAGGCUUAUGCGCAUGUCGAAAGCUCGAACCGAUGCUUGGUGUGGAGUAAAGAUGUCUUGAAUCUUCGGCAACUCGAAGAAGAUAACAGCGAGGGGAAUAAUAAUACGUUUUAUCUUAGACUCUCUGCUUCCGACAUGCCUAGCGCUGGUUCCUCCUCUUCCGGUAAGAGCAACAAAGCGGUGAUAGUUGGCGGCGCGGUUCUAGGGUCGUUAGGGGUGAUAGCUCUCGUUAUAUUGGUGGUGGUAAGCUUAAUUUUGAGGUACCGUAGGAGACAAGUAACGAAGAGUGAUGGUAGUACGUUGGCAGUGUUUAGCUAUAGAGAACUACAGAACGCGACAAAGAACUUCUCGGAGAAGCUAGGAGGAGGCGGUUUCGGUUCGGUGUUCAAAGGAGGUUUACAGGAGGAUUCUAGUGACAUCGCGGUGAAGAGGCUUGAAGGUAUAAGCCAAGGAGAGAAGCAGUUCAGGACGGAAGUAGUAACAAUAGGAACUAUCCAACACGUGAACCUAGUGAGGCUUCGUGGGUUUUGCUCCGAAGGGAACAAGAAACUGCUGGUGUAUGAUUACAUGAGUAACGGUUCUUUGGACUCUCAUCUCUUCACCAAUCAAACUGCGGAGGAGAAGAAGACCGUCCUCGGUUGGAAACUGAGGUACCAAAUCGCGUUAGGGACGGCUAGAGGAUUAGCUUACUUGCAUGACGAAUGCAGAGACUGCAUCAUUCACUGCGACAUCAAACCGGAAAACAUCUUGUUAGAUUCAGAGUUCGGUCCCAAAGUUGGUGAUUUCGGUUUGGCUAAGCUCGUGGGACGAGAUUUCAGCAGGGUUUUGACGACGAUGAGAGGGACGAGAGGCUAUCUUGCACCAGAAUGGAUCUCGGGAGUUGCCAUAACAGCCAAAGCCGAUGUUUACAGCUACGGAAUGAUGCUGUUCGAGCUUGUUUCGGGGAGAAGAAACACUGAGCAGUCGUCAGAGAGAGUCAGAUUCUUUCCGUGUUUGGCUGCGACGGUGGUACUCACCGAAGAUGGAGACAUCCGGUCGCUUCUUGAUCCGAGACUAGAGGGGGAAGUGGAUAUAGAGGAGCUGAAGAGAGCUUGUAAAGUGGCGUGCUGGUGCAUACAGGACGAGGAGGGUCAUAGACCAGCGAUGAGUCAAGUUGUUCAGAUUCUUGAAGGUGUUUUGGAAGUGAAUCCGCCACCUUUUCCGAGAUCGAUACAAGCUUUAGUUGAAAACGAUGGAUCUAUGGUCUUCUUCACUGAGUUCUCAUCUUCCUCGACCCAUGAUUCUUCACAGAAACAGAGCCAUUCUCCUUCCUCUUCCUCUUCCUCUUCUUCCAAGAAAACGACCGAAAAUGUGUAGAGCUCUAGAGAAAAUAUGAGAGAGAGAACGGUACGUAGUGAGAUCUGGAGGUGUGACUUGUUGUAGUAUUAUUCUUCUUCCUCUUCAUUUUCUACUUUGGUGUCCCUUGCAUUUUUUUUCUUUUAACACUGGAUAAAAAAAUAUAGUUUAUCUCGAAUAAUAAGUUUUUUUGUAA